AUGGCCCAAUCCUCCUUGGAUGACAUCUCGCCCUCCUUCGAACACUCAGCUGGGAUUUCUCCCUCUUCAGCAGCGGCACAACUGCCCACAGCCACUGAGACGAUGAGUGCGACACAUCCGAACGAUAAUGUCGAUGACACCGGUUUCCCUGCUCCCGUCCCCAUUGCGAUCAUGCUGAUCGACAAAAGAGACGGCCUUUGCCGGGUACCCAGGGAUCGGUACAAUAUCGACGCCUUCUACCAUUGUGACGGGGUUCCCGGCACCAUUCGGACUGAGCACGGCUACUUCUUACAACAAGACAUCGCCCAGAUAGAUACCGGCUUCUUCGGCAUGUCGAAGAUCGACGCCUCCAAAUUGGAUCCCCAGCAGCGAAUUCUACUGGAGGUGGUGUGGGAGUGUAUGGAGAACGCGGGCCAGACCGAUUGGCAAGGAACCAAUAUUGGCUGCUAUGUGGGCAAUUUCGGUGAAGACUUGCUAGACCUGGCCAGUAAGGACACUCUGGCCAUUGACCGGUACCGCGUGAUGGGGACGGGGGACUUUGCGCUGGCCAACAAUGUCCCCUACCAGUAUGACCUGAGGGGCCCCAGCGUGGUCUUUCGGACGGGUUGUUCAUCGUCCAUGGUUGCCCUUCAUGAAGCGUGCCAGGCACUCUAUUCGGAAUGUCUCUCUGCCAUCGUCGCAGGGACUAGUCUGAUCAUCACACCCACAAUGUCAAUCACGACCUCCGUCAAUAUGGUGCUAUCUCCCAGUGGAACGUGCAGAACAUUCGACGAGAACGCGGACGGCUAUGGCCGAGGAGAGGCUAUCAAUGCCAUUUUCAUCACGCCUCUCGAUGCGGCCAUGCGGGACGGCGAUUCCAUCCGUGCGGUUAUCCGAUCAACAUCCCAGGCACAAGAACGAUUGAUCCGCAGAACGUACCACAAAGCUGGAAUCGAGGACAUCGACAAGACAGCAUUUUUUGAAUGUCACGGCACAGGCACCGCAGUGGGAGACGUGGCGGAGACCUCGGUGGUGGCUGAAAUCUUUGGCAAGAACGGCAUCUACAUAGGCGCGGUCAAGCCCAAUGUCGGUCACUCGGAAGGUGCCUCUGGCAUUACGAGUAUCAUCAAAUGUGCCCUGGCUUUAGAAAAGAGGACUAUACCUCCGAAUGUGUUCUUCGAGGAGCCCAAUUCGAAAAUUCCCUUUGAACAAGUUAAAUUAAAGGUACCGGUCGAAGCCAUUCCAUGGCCAAGCGACCGACAUGAAAGAGUUAGUAUGAACUCCUUUGGUAUUGGAGGCACUAAUGCGCACGUCGUGAUCGACUCUGCCGCCUCGAUCUGUGGCCAAAGACCCGAGAACAAGACGGAUGCGAGCUUAAGAAACGAAGUGCCUCAUCUAUUAUUACACUCCGCUAAAAGUUCCAAAUCACUGGAUGGCAACAUCCAGAAUGCCGAUUACUUCGAAGCUUACCAGCGCUUCGUGGUAAUCUGGCUUACGCACUGGGGGUUCCACAGGGAACAGCUACCCCAUCGGGCGUUUUCUAUAGUGGGUGCGGAUGGAGCUCUGACUACAGUCGCUCGGUCUCGAGUCACCAGGCGGGAAAUUGUGUUCUUCUUCAGCGGUCAAGGGGCCCAGUGGCCUGGAAUGGGGAGAGAGCUUCUGCGAAAAUCACCCCAAUUCCAAGCAGACAUUCGUGCCCUCGAUCGGCACUUGCAGCAACUCCCAAACGCAACUGGGUGGUCCAUUGAAGACGAACUUCUCAAUUGCGACGAUCUCGACCGGAUGAGUGCAUCAAGACUGGCCCAGCCGCUUUGUACAGCAGUUCAGAUUGGUCUCGUCAACUUGCUUCGAGAGUGGGGAGACAUUCCAUCGAUGGUCGCGGGCCAUGCGAGCGGAGAGAUAGCUGCUGCAUAUGCAUCUGGGGCCACCUCAGCAGAAACAGCGAUAACAAUUGCAUACCGCCGUGGGCAAGCUGUCAAUACAGCAAACUCCUCAGGUGCUAUGGCGGCGGUCGGGCUGGGUAUCGAGGAGGCGAAAUCGUUCCUCAAAGAAGGCGUAGUCAUCGCGUGUGACAACAGCCCAAAAAGUGUCACGCUUUCUGGUGACAAAGAGCUGCUGGUGGAGAUCAUUCGAGACCUGGAGGCCAAGGAGGUCUUUUGUCGUCGCCUGGCCGUCAACGUUGCAUAUCACUCCCAUCACAUGAAAUCAGUUGGCGAAGCUUAUGAGCGACGGUUGGGCAAUUUGAUGUUCAACACCACCAUGGUUCCACUCUACUCGACCGUCACCGGCGAGACCAUUAUGGAACCCGGGCAACUCACUGCUGCAUACUGGCGACAGAACUUAGAGUCUCCGGUUCUGUUCAAAACGGCGAUCCAGAACCUGCUGAGCACUCACCCAGGGUCUCGUUCUUUCGGCCCACACUCUGUGCUCGAGGCACCUUUACGCCACAUUAUAUCUCAGGUGGAAGAGAAACAGAGACCAGAAUAUACGCCGACUUUAGUGAGAGGCAAAGAGCCCUGGGAAUGCCUCCUGAGGACAACCCGCCACCUACACAUACGUGGCGUGUCGAUUGAUUUGAGUAAAGUUAUUCCUCGGGCGAAGGUCCUUACGGACCUCCCACCGUACUAUUGGACGCAUGAUGAGCGCUUUUGGAGCGAGACUCGGAUGGCGCACGACUGGCGGUUACGCGAAACGCGGCAUCACGAAUUGCUGGGGUCGCGAUGCCUCGAAUCCACUAAUGUAGAGCCUGUUUGGAGAAACCUGCUGCAACUGGAUAACGUUCUCUGGCUUCUAGAUCAUAGAAUCACUGGAGAGGUUGUGUUUCCUUGUGCAGCUUAUGUCGCCAUGGCGGGUGAAGAAGUCCGCCAAGUAUCGAAUAGCGAUGACUACACCAUUCAGAACCUCUUUAUUAGAGCUGCCUUGGUUCUUUCCGGUGACGAACCCGAAGGAAUCGAACUCAUCACAAGUCUUCGUCCUCACAAGCUGGCGGAUAAUGUCGACUCUCACUGGUAUGAAUUCACUAUCAGCUCGUAUCAGCACGGGGUCUGGACCAAAUAUUGUGUGGGGCAAAUCCGCGCUGGGUCCAUUCGCAGACACCCGGACACGCAAGUCCAAGCUUACUUACGAGAAGUGUCUUUGGAAAAAUGGUAUGCUGCACUGGAAGCUCGAGGAUUAGAGUACGGAGCCCAUUUCCGGGGACUCCGCAAGAUCACUGCGAGUCCAUCAAGCAGCCGUGCGGCUGCGGAGUUACAAGACAGCGAUAACUACUAUCUCUUGAGUGUGGCGGCCACACAGGGUAUUAGUCGUCGUAUGACUCGAUUGUGUAUCCCGACUGCCAUUCAAGAUCUCUAUGUUACUCACGCGCGCGAUACUAUGCAACUGAAUGUUUCGUGUGACAUGACCGGUGGAAUGAUGACCGGGGAGGCCUUCCUCGCGUAUCAGGAUCGUGUGGUUCUCUCGAUGCAGCACGCAACAUUCUUUGGUGUUUCGGAGUCUGCUCUUGAGGAUACGCCGGCACCGCCGCUGUCAACCAGUGAAUGGAGACCAAAUACCUCUCGGAUUGAGAAAACCCAUGCUCAGAUUUGUGAUCGCAAUUCCAACCUUGUUCCAGAGAUCAGGGACAAGUUUGCCAAUAACCCGACUGCACGAUGGCCCUACCUCGAGGCGUCAUUGCGCAAAUCGCUUCCCCCAUCAAGUGCUGACCCACUUGCACUUGCUGAGAGGAUCCUUUCGAACAUUACCGAGAUUCUCGACAAUCAAGUCAACCCGCUGGAGCUACUGAUGCAGGAUGACGGACUUCAGCAUCUGUAUGCCAACAUGCCCUCGAUCACACGGUGGGAGGAGUAUCUAGCAACACUCGCGCAUUCGAAGCCGACACUGCGCGUAUUAGAGAUCGGGGGCGGCACCGGUGGGACCACCUCCGCUGAACUCGAUGGCCUCUCAAGGGCAUCGGGACCAAACAAAGGCAGGAUGUACGAUAAGUACACUUUUACCGACAUUUCAGCGACCUUCCUCGCACCAGCAAAAGAAAGGUUCAAACAGCAUGAAGGGAUGGAAUAUCGAACGCUGGAUAUAUCUAAAGAUCCUCGGGAGCAAGAAUUCGAGAGCGAGAGCUACGACUUGCUUCUGGCACCCGAGGGCCGCUUGUUGCUACAGGAGUUGAGUCAUGAUGUUCCUAUAUUUGAUUACAUCAUGGGCGCUCUACCAAGUUGGUGGCUUGCAAAUGAUGGGAGCGAACGCCCCUACCUCAGCCCGGAGCAAUGGCAUCAUGCCCUGCUGGAAGCAGGCUUUACGGGCACCGAUGUCGUGCGCUUGGAUAAUGAGGCCCCUUAUCAUGUCAACGCAAAUAUGCUGUCGAGAGUCUCGUCGCCAAGGGCAUGUGAGAGAAAGGCGCUAAAUCUUCUCUAUCAUGACCCCAUCCCCGAAUGGGCUCGUCAACUUGAGACUCAGCUUCUUCUACAUGGUUGGGAUGUCCAAUGGCUCGCUCUAGGCACUACUCCAGCAGAGAACACGGAUGUCAUCUCUCUGUUGGAUGUAGAGAGCCCAUUUUUACACACCAUCACUCGAGAGAAUUACGACAAUUUCCAGAAGUCGGUCGCCUCCCUUCGAGGACACCUAAUAUGGCCGACAAGACCAAUUCACCCGCUGGUCCUUCGCCAGGACAUUGGUGUUAAGGCCAUGACUAUUGAGCUCGAUGAAUUCGACGACGAUGCCAUCCGAGGUGUUCUCGGCGUCCUGGACGCGAUCAAAGCUCACGGGGAAGAGACUCGCUUCGAGUUUGAUCAUGAGUUCGCACUGCAUGAUGGAUUGAUACACGUUCCGCGUUUCAGAUGGUACUCUACGGAACAUGCUAUGAGCUCGGUACAGAGCUGCGUUCCGAGAGCCAUGGUUGUGAAGUGCUUCGGUAUCCUCGACUCAAUCGAUAUAAUGGUCAGCAUGGGCUUGAUGGGCUCCACCGAUGAAAUUGGCAUUGAUGGCAGCGGGAUUGUGCGCAGAGUUGGAACCGCCGUGGCUACGCUGCAGGUAGGGGAGUCUGUGGUACUGUCAGGAACCGGGUUGAUGUGCAUACGCAAGGUGCUGCCCGCCGACUUUUGUUACCGAAUUCCAACCCAGAUGAACUUGGCCGACGCCGCUGCAACGCCAUGCAUCUUCUUGACCGCGAUGUACUCGUUGGUGACCGUGGCAGACAUACAGCCUGGUCAGUCGGUGUUAAUCCACAGCGCCUGCGGUGGCGUUGGACUUGCUUCAAUUCAGAUCUGUCAGAUGCUAGGCGCUGAAAUUUAUGUCACGGCAAGAAGUCCGGAGAAGAGACAGUACUUGAUGGACCAAUGUGCUAUCUCCGAGGACCACAUCUUCGAUUCACGCAGCACAUCUUUUGUCUCCGGCAUCAUGGAGCGCAACAAGAAUCGAGGUGUCGACGUCGUAUUGAACUCCCUGGCAGGCGAGCUGUUACAUGCCUCUUGGAGAUGCGUCGCUGCGUAUGGCAAGAUGGUUGAACUGGGAAAACGAGACUUCCUCGGCCACGGCAAGCUGGACAUGGACAUGUUCGGCGGGAAUCGCGCCUUUUUUGGGGUGGAUUUGUUCAAGCUAGGACUGGAACGCCCUGAUGUUGUUCGUGAGACAAUGUCUAAGCUAAUGAAACUACAUGAAGAUCGAACAUUGCAGCCCAUUCAACCAAUCAAUAUGUUCGACGCGGCAGAUGCUGUCAGAGCCUUUCGACUGAUGCAAACUGGACAGCACAUUGGGAAAAUUGUCAUUCGCAUGCCCGUCGACCCUUCUACACUUCAGGUAACUGGCGCCCAUGUCAGCAGCGCUUUGUUCCGAUCUGACGUAGCUUAUCUUCUCGUCGGAGGCUUGGGAGGCCUCGGCCGCGCGAUUGCUACCUGGAUGGUUGAGAGGGGGGCACGCAACUUUGUGUUUCUGUCUCGCUCAGGCUCAAGCGCGCUUAUCGUCAGAUCAUUUAUCGAGGACCUGAAGGCGCAGGCUGAAUGCGAAGUUACGGUCAUUCAAGGGACUGCUGUCAACCUGGAUGACGUUGAUCGCGCCGUGCGAUGCUCACCAAAACCUCUAGCGGGUGUGAUCCAAAUGUCCAUGGUUCUUCAGUUCGAUCAGUGGACUGUGUGGUAUGACAGGUCAAGCCAACUACGCCGCUGCGAACACCUAUCUGGACGCCUUCGUUCAUUCCGCCGAGCCCAGGAUCUUCCUGCUCAUGUGCUCGACCUUGGAUUCAUGGGAGACAUUGGAUACAUCGCCGAGAAGUCCCAGCGGACGAUGGAACUCAAUCGAACUCUGCGCAUGCAGGUAUUGAGCGAGCGGGAUCUUUUACAGGUCCUAGAACUCGCGGUUCUCAACGGACCCCCUCAGGUUGCCCUUGGGAUUAGUACGAGUGCGACUUCUACGGAAGGUAUUGCAAAACCUUGGUGGGCCAGAGACAUCCGGUUUGCAGCCUGGAGCCAUCUCUCAAAUACCGAGGGCCCAGAUUUAGAUGAACAGGAAGACAAGCUCCGUUACUUCCUCGUCGAGAUUGACAAAGAUUCAUCCAUCCUCAACCAUCCAGAUACCGAGAACCAAUUCACUUACGAGCUGGGGAAGAUGAUUGCGACCCACAUGUCUUACCCAGAGGACAUGGAACUGGCAGAACUGGCUGCUAUCGCCAUAGACUCGCUCAUGGCGAUUGAGAUUCGAAGCUGGUUCCGCCGUCACUUCAAAGUCGAAAUCUCCCUGCUUGAGAUCGCGAACGCGGGGACCGUAGGGGGACUCGGCAAAGCAACGAUGAGAAUUCUCCGCGCCAAGUAUGCCUCCGAGGAGCUGAAGCCUGGUGAUGCAGGUGCCCUGCUUGAUGCCGAUCGUGGCAAGACGGACGAUGUCGAGUUAUGCCAACGAGAUUGGGAACUGGGUCGAGACCUCCACCCAGUAGCGGGGACAGCGUCAGAAUGGCAUACCCCUGGAGAAGGCCGUGUUUUACUCACUGGCGCGACUGGGUUUCUCGGGGCUUACCUCCUCUCCUUACUGGUCGGCCUACCGCAUGUACAGCAGGUGAUGUGUCUUGUAAGAGCUCCCGAUGCCGAAACGGGUCUUUCGCGAAUCAAGAAGGCGUUUCAUGAGUAUGGCCUCCAGCUCGAUUUGGAGUCCAAGUUGAAGGCGGUUCCCGGGGAUCUCGUUGAUCCCAUGCUAGGUCUCGGAGCGGAGCAGUAUGCAGAGCUCGCCCAAUGGGCGAACGUCAAUGUCAUGGGCCUAUACCAUCUACUUCGUUUUGCCAACACCGGUCGUCUGAAGCCAUUCCAUUAUACUUCCUCGAUCAGUGCGUGGGGUACGGUCAUUCACCUCACGGGUGCGAUGGUUCCCGAGGAUGAGCGACCAACUUUCGACCCGGAGGCUCUCAAACAGCUGUUUGGCUAUGCGCACAGCAAGGUUGUCGCCGAACAGGUGGCCUGGAACGCGAUUGCCAACGGCUUCCCCGUCACCAUCCACCGACCCGGCUAUGUCACUGCUCAUAGUGUGACGGGCAUGUCCAAAGCGUCCGACUUGGUGAAUUAUCUGAUGAGCAGUUGCAUCCGCCUGGGCAGCUAUCCGGCUGCGCCUAACAUCCGCAAUCAAUUCACUCCGGUUGACUUUUGUUGCUCGGCUCUUUUGCGGUUGUCUCUGGCCCCUGCUAGCCUUGGCCAUGCGUUCAACAUCUUGCGGCCAGACCAGAGUCAAACCGUGACGUUCGAAGAGACCUUCGAGCCGCUGAGUCGCGAAUGCUCCUCUCCACUCCGCCGCUUGCCGACGGCCGAAUGGAUCGAAGAAUUCCGACAAGGCGCGGAUCCGCGACUGAGGCAGGGUUCGUCCAUGAUGAUCGAUACAUUGCACGAGUUUAUCAACUUCUGGAGGCUCGAUGCUGGCACGAAUGCAUACUUUGACACACGGAAGCUUCGACAAGCGUUGGAGGAGUUUCCCGAAUUGCUUGCGGUGCCCAGCAUGGGUGAGCUGAUGCAUACCUAUUUCCGUGCUUGGGCUGAAUCAUAG